GUUAAAAAAAAAGCAUUGUUGUAAAAGUGCAAUCAACACAACUUAAUUAUAUAUUUAGUCCGAGGCUAAACCGAACUCUGUUUGAACACGGUCAUCCCAGUCCCAUUCUAGGAGUCUGACAAAUUGCCAACAAUCAACAAUGAUCAGCACAUUGGCCAAGGGGGUAGUUUUCUCCGUCGCUACAUUACAUGUCUACAUCCUCGCGCUCGAGAUGUUUAUGUGGGACCAGCCCCGAGCUAUGAAGGCCUUUGGCGUUCGGAAAACGCCCGAGAACAUCGAGUUCCAGCGGAAGACAUACACUAUGGCCAAAAACCAAGGGUUAUACAAUGGGUUUCUCGCCGCGGGUUUAUACCGGGGGUUGUAUCUAGGCGACACAGAUACCGGCACUGACUACAAGUUCUUCUUCCUGUCGUGUGUGGCGGUGGCGGGGGUCUACGGCGCUGCGACCGUGUUCCCCAAGAUACUUAUGGUGCAAACUGUGCCGGCGCUUACUGGUAUUGCCUUGCUGUAUUUUUCUUUGUAGACUGAUUGGGUACAGUUAUUAUUUUGUGCUUGUAAGUCUGUAUGUAUAUAUAUAUAUAUAUAUAUAAGUUUAUUCCUAUAUAAAUAUAAGCACCAGCAAUCACUCACUGGAACGGCGUUCCGUUCCGGUCCGGAAGUAUAUGCCUAAUUAUGCGCAUUUUUUACUGGACUCCGAGAUAUAAGUAGCUGUUAUGCAAAUUGUAUCGGCAGUCACUGAUAGUUGAUUUUUCCUAGAUAUCACAGAAUAAGAAUACGCCAUAAGGUCCGUGUAUUUUCAGUAUAGUGUCACUAAGCAGGAGUAUGGUGUGACAGAUUGAACGUCUUCGGAGCUGUCGACGUUGACCACGAGUUGUGUUUUGGAGUACGUUGCAAUGAUGACAGGGUGCAUUUAAUCGACUACUCUAAUUGACUUUGUGAAGGUAUCCGCAUUUAUUUGAUGAAUCUCUAAAGUGAUAUCGUCACAAAAAAAAAAAGAAAACUGCCUAAAAUUACGUAUGUAUAGGAAUGCGGUGGAAAUAGGAUGGGGACCUAUACUAUGGAUCAACGGCAGGCGUUGUUAGUGCGGUGUGUGGCGGAAGACUGCAAAACAUUCUUCAUAAGAGAAAACGGAGCUUAUAGAGAGUGUACAGUCUUCUCAACGGGGAGCUUCGGAUGUUGUAUCGCAAUAGAAAACAUAUAUAUCGACUCAAAGGGAAGUUUCUUGCACACUUAUCAUAGAGUAGUUCAUCCGCAGAAUGAAAUAUACUGGCACCGUAUAUCCACAGACUUUGGCAUAGCGAUUGCAGAGCGAAGAAUACAGUCGUAUUACGUCCUGUGUGUACUCGAAUUAAGUUCGAAUCUAUUUUAGUUCGGUGGCUCAACUGGCAAUUUUUGAAGCAACGCUAGUAGGUACAUCCUCCUCCUCGAGAAACGAACUAUUGUGGACAGAAAGAAACGAAUACCCGUAUACCGCGCGAUACAAAUAUAGUUGGAUUCGGAUCUAAUCUAACUCGAUUGCCCGGGUGGCAAUUCCUGCAUGCAUAGACUAGUGAGUGCAUCAACCGACUCGAGCGAAAGGCGAUUGUGCCGUUGUCCAC